CGACGGCUUCUCUACCUGGGCUAUUCCUGACUUUCGUGGCUUGAGAAAGGGACGGGGUACAAGGGUGGCAAUCAUGGCAAAAGCGGACCUUAUUGAGAUGCAGCAGCAAAAGGGCGGCUACGACGCCGUCAACACGACGAGCUCCUCGGGCAACAUAGACGACGGCACCAAGAAUAUCCACCACGAGAGCGGCGCCUAUCCGUACACGACCGAUGGCAGCACGGGCGAUUCGACGCUGAGGCGUCUCUUCUCCUUUUGGCAACUAUUAGCCUUUGCCCUGAUCUUCAUGUCCUCGUGGGAGGUCAUGGCAAUGGACAUGGGAGCGACGUUCUAUAACGGCGGACCGCAGACGCUGGCGUGGGGUAUUGUUCUCGUCGUCGUCGGCGCCAUGGCGCAGGCGCUUUCUAUGGCUGAGCUUGCGACUAUUCAGCCCAUUGCGGGUGCGCAGUAUCACUGGACGCAUUUCCUUGCGCCAGAGAAGCACCGGCGGUUCAUCACGUGGAUGCAGGGCUGGGUAACUUGGUUCGCCUGGGUCUCGGCCCUCGCGGGCUCCGCCGCCUCGGAAGCAAACAUCAUGAUCGGCCUCGUCAGCACAAACUACCCCUCGUACACCUUCCAGCCCUGGCACAUCACCAUGGUCAUCAUCGCUCAGCUCGUCGCCUGCGCCCUCAUCAACAUGUACGCCUUCCGCACCAUCCCCUGGAUGGAGCUCCUGGCCGGCGUUUUACAUGUAGUCCUCUGGCUCGUCUUCGUCGUCGUGCUGUUGACGCUCGCGCCCCGCGCCUCGGCCGAGUUUGUGUUCUUCGAGCGCACUGUUUCUUCGGGGUGGACGAAUGGCUUUGUGAGCUGGAACAUCGGCAUGUUGGUACCCGCGUGGGGGUUCAUUGGGUUUGAUGGCGUCGUGCACAUGGCGGAGGAGACGAAGAAGGCGAAGCAGGCUGUUCCGCGCGCGAUGCUGUGGACGAUUAUACUGAACGGCGUGCUCUCGUAUGGGAUUAUCCUCGCCAUCCUGUUUGGCAUGGGCGGCGACCCGGCCACGACGGAGGCGAUUCUGAGCUCCGACUACCCCAUCAUCCCCUUACUCUUCAACGCCGCGGGUCCCGCAGCCGGCACGGCCAUGGUUGUCGGUCUCCUUGUCAUCACCUUUUGCGUCGUCGCCGCCUCGCUGGCGUCCGUGUCGCGCAUCACAUGGGCCUGGGCCCGCGACGGCGGCCUGCCGCGGUACUUUGCCAAGAUCCACCCGACGCACCGCGUACCCAUCCGCUCCGUCUGGCUGCCGUGCGUCAUCGUUACCUGCCUGUCGCUCUUCACGGUGGGCAACAACGCGACGGCGACGGUGUUUUCGGCGUUUACUGCGCUCUCGUCGCUGGGGCUGUACGGGUCGUACAUCAUUGCCAUAUCCUGUAUGCUCCACGCACGGCUGACGGGGCGCAUCGGACACGGGCCGGGGUAUCAGGUGCAGUAUGGCGGGUGGUCGUUGCCGAAGGGGUGGGGCACGCCGAUUAAUGUGUAUGCGCUGCUGUGGUCGAUGUAUUUGAGCGUGUGGUUGCCGUUCCCGCAGACGAUUCCGGUGACGGGGACGGAGAUGAAUUAUGCGGGGCCGAUUUAUGUCGUUGUUGUGGUUGGGGCGGUGAGUUUGUGGUUUACGUGGGGGAAGAAGCAUUGGCCUGGGCUGAAUAAGAGUGCCAUUGAUAAUGUGGUGGCGUAUAACUGAGGGCGAUUUGAGAGGAGAAAGUCUGGUUCAAACCAGACUUUGUAGAUGAUGAGUUAUUAGACUACAAUAGAGCAUGGUGAAACUGCACACUGCAAGUGUUCUAUCGUAUACUUUGACUCAAGUCUUCGAUGGAAUUCAUGGCAUGAAAGGUAGAAGUGAAAGUGAUGGGUUGCUUGAUCUGGUGGAUCUCAGUACGAAUGGUUUCGAGACUUGGCAGCCGGUGGCUCUCCUCGUUGACCGUGUCCUCAAUAGACAUGGCCAACCUAUUCUCAUUGCAGAAAGCCGGUGCCUAGGAAUUGCACGCGGCCGUGAUGGCUGGCUACAUCAGGCACCGGCGGCCUGGGUAAGAGCAUUGCGUACGUGGGCCACGAAUGCCACGCUGACAUGAGGCGAGAAGUGGCAUCUC